AUGGACCAGUGCAGGCACAUCGCGCACCUGCAGCUCGCCCGCAGCCAUUCCAUCUUCAACCCCCAGAAAUGGUUCUGUGUGGACUGCAGCGCAACCCAGUCGCUUUGGGCUUGCCUCAGCUGUUCCCACGUCGCCUGCGGAAAGUACAUCGCAGAGCACGCCCUGAGGCACUUCCAAGAAAGCAGCCAUCCCGUGGCGUUCGAGGUGAAUGACAUGUACGUGUUUUGUUAUCUUUGUAACGAUUAUGUUCUAAAUGAUACUGCAGCCGGAGACCUGAAGUCACUACGAAGUACCUUAAGUGCAAUCAAAAGUAGAAAUUACCCCUGUGAGGUGCAGAGGAGCAGGGUUCUACCACCUGCGGAUACCCGUGACGAUUCUUCCUCCUUACACAAUGGUGCCAAAUCUCUGCCUAGAAACGAAGACCGAAUGUGCGCUGCCCUUUGGCCCAGGACGCUCAUGGGUAAAAUCUUUCGAACUUGGUUUGAACGGUCAGCCAUUGGAAGGAAAAGGCAGGAACAAAUUCAGGAGAAAGUGGUAGCCAAGAGAGAAGUGAAGAAAAGACCCCCAGAGCUGGAGCAGCAGGUGAAAGCCGAGUUGGAAAACACACCUCCCCGAAAGAGUUUACGCCUACAGGGCUUCACUGAGGCUGCGGCAGCAGAAAUGGUUCCAGCGCUGGCACCACCACCAGCUCCGGCAUUACCAGCCAAAGAGAAAGCGCUGUCACCUACCUCGGACAACGGCAAACUUAGAAAAGUAAGAGACUCCUUAAUCAGACGAAGGCCAGUAGUAACCCCCGGUGUAACAGGACUGAGGAAUUUAGGAAAUACUUGCUAUAUGAAUUCUGUUCUUCAAGUGUUGAGCCAUUUGCUUAUUUUCCGGCAGUGUUUCUUAAAGCUUGACCUGAACCAAUGGCUGGCUGUGGCUGCUAGCGAUAAGUCCCGUUGUAAGCACUCGUCCGUCACAGAUGUGGUAGCUCAGCAGAUGCAUGAAGGCCAAGAGAAAGAGAAAGGCUUCACGUGCUCCAGACACCCAAGUUUGUCCUCAGGCCUAAGCAGCGGAUCCUCCAAGAGCCGAAACAUGGAGCUCAUUCAGCCCCGGGAGCCGAGUUCACCGUACAGUUCUCUUUGCCACGAGUUACACACUCUGUUCCAGGUCAUGUGGUCUGGAGAGUGGGCCUUGGUAUCCCCGUUUGCCAUGCUCCACUCCGUGUGGAAGCUGAUCCCUGCUUUCCGAGGCUACGCCCAACAGGAUGCCCAGGAAUUUCUUUGUGAGCUUCUGGAUAAAAUACAGCGCGAACUGGAGGCCACUGGAGCCAGGUUCCCCGCUCUCAUCCCCACGUCCCAAAGGAAACUGAUUGAACAAGUUCUGAAUGUCGUAAAUAACAUUUUUCACGGACGACUUCUUAGUCAGGUUACGUGUCUCGCGUGCGAUAAUAAAUCAAACACAAUAGAACCGUUCUGGGACCUGUCCCUGGAGUUCCCCGAGAGAUACCAGUGCAGUGGGAAAGACGCUGCCACCUCCCAGCCAUGCCUAGUUACCGAUAUGUUGGGCAAAUUUACCGAAACCGAAGCGUUAGAAGGGAAAAUCUACAUGUGUGACCACUGUAACUCAAAGCGUAGAAAGUUUUCGUCAAAACCAGUUGUACUCACAGCAGCCCAGAAACAGCUUAUGAUAUGCCACCUGCCUCAGGUUCUCAGACUACAUCUCAAACGGUUCAGAUGGUCAGGACGUAAUAACCGAGAGAAGAUUGGUGUUCAUGUUGUCUUUGAGGAAACCUUAAACAUGGAGCCCUAUUGCUGCAGGGAGACCCUGAAAGCGCUCAGAGCAGAAUGCUUUAUCUACACUUUAUCUGCUGUAGUGAUCCACCACGGGAAAGGAUUUGGCUCAGGACACUACACUGCCUACUGCUACAAUUCUGAAGGAGGGUUCUGGGUCCACUGUAACGACUCCAAGCUAAGCAUGUGCACCAUGGAUGAAGUCCGCAAGGCCCAGGCUUAUAUCUUAUUUUACACGCAGCGAGUUAUUGAGAAUGGACAUUCCAAACUCCUGCCUCCUGAGCUCCUGUCCGGUAGCCAGCAUCACGGUGACGAAACCGACGCCUCUUCUAAGGAAGUCCUUAGCUGA